ACACAUCGGAGGCAUUAUGUUGAGGCUUGUGGAGAAAUUAGACAGUGUAUCAGUGGACUGGUCAGACCAUGCCAUGUGGUGGCCAGAAAAAAACACCUGGCUUCUCAGAACCAACUCAACACUUGACCAGUGCCACGUGAUGGCCGAUUCAAAGCUAUGGUUCACGCCGAUGCACAAAACCCUUCGAGUCCAGUUACCGGACAUGCAGUUACUGGACCUGUCUGUCAAUUUCUCCUGUAAGGUCUUCAAUGCAGUACAAGAUUUGUGCAAAGACCUUGGAAUACGUCAUCCAGAGGAAUUAUCGUUUUUAAGGAGACCUCAGGAAAAAUCUCUAAAACCAAAUGGUAGAGACACUCAAAAGAAAAAGCGUGGCGAUCGUGACCGCGACUCCAUGGCAUCGAGCAACAGUGCUGAUUUGGCGUCUACUGGAAGCUUAGAUGGAAUACCUCCUCAUUCUCCAACACCUUAUAAUAAAUCCAGGUCAGGUACCACUACUCCUGGAACUCCAGGUUCGAACUCCAGCUUUCCCGGUCACAACGGAACAGCCGUUUCCAUAUAUAGCACUGGAUCUAGCUAUAGCGAUGGGUCUUGCGAAGGCCUUAACACAUCGCUCACAAACAGUCCGCAGGUCCCAUCUCGAGAAGCUUUGGAUGGACUAGUCAAGCCCAAGUCCUUCAGAGAUAAAGCUAUAAUCAAUAAAGGAUGGUUGGACUCAUCGAAAUCACUAAUGGAGCAAGGAUUACGCGAUAAUGACACUUUGAUGAUGCGUUACAAGUACUUCUCGUUCUACGAUCUCGAUCCAAAACAAGAUGCCGUCCGCAUCAACCAGAUAUACGAGCAAGCUAAGUGGGGUUUGUUGACAGAAGAGAUUGACUGCACUGAGGAAGAAAUGGUUAUGUUUGCUGCGUUACAACUUCAAAUUAAUCUACAGUCAAUCCUGCCACAGACAGACAUGAAUACAAAGAACGGUAAAGAUGACAUUGAUGCUGAUCUUUUGGAUCUUGAGAAAACUCUUCAAGGAACAAACAUUUCUUCCUACUCACAUCAUGAUAUCACAAAUGUCCCUGAACUGAAAGAUGAAUUCAAGUACUUGAGACCAAAGAAAUUAACACUGAAGGGAUACAAGAAAGGGUUCUUCACAUUCAGGGAUAUCCACCUCACACAAUAUAAAUCAAAGGAAGAUAUGCCACAUAGUCCCUUACACAAGCAUAGUCUAAAAGGAAAACCAGUAUGCACGCUGGAUGGCAGCAUGUCGCUUAGCAUCGAAGGGUAAGACGAUGGCAGAUAGUACGUACGAUACAGAGGUCCAAGGAAUCCAAGCCUUCCUCAAGAUGCAGCAGCAUAAGCCGUCGAAUGCGCCAACCAUCAACCCUGAUGCUGUUGAUAUCCAACCUGAGAGCUACAUUGCUCCAAGAUUUCUCAAGAAACUGAAACCAAAACAGAUUGCUACAAGAAUUCUCGAGGCACAUGCCAAUGUAAGGGAGAUGUCGCUGAUGGAUGCCAGAUGGAACUACAUCAAAGCAUGGCAAGCGUUGCCUGAAUAUGGCAUAACAUAUUUUGUGGUGCGGUUUAGGAAUUCUAAAAAAGAGGACCUGCUUGGAAUUGCUUAUAAUCGUGUAAUUCGCAUGGAUAUCAACACAGGAGAGUCUCAGAAGAAUUGGCGGUAUAGUACCAUGACUGCUUGGCACGUGAACUGGGAAGUACGCGAAGUGACCAUCCAAACGGAAGACGAAGAUAUCCACUUUCAGAGCCAGUCUGCCGAUUGUAAGGUUGUCCACGAGUUCAUCGGUGGCUAUAUAUUCUUAUCGAUGAGAUCCAAAGACCAGAAUCAAACAUUGAACGAAGAGUUAUUCCAUAAAUUGACGGGUGGCUGGGUUUAAGGAACACACAGAAUGAAUGGAUUUUAAAGCUCUGCAUUAAUUUCAGCUUUGUGUUAUCAUGAUGAGAACGCCAUUUGUAUAAAACUUUCAACGAUUUUAUUUGUAUAAAAAAAAAAACUACCAAUACACAAGACAAUGUGAAAAAUGUUUUUGAACAUUUACUGUACAAAAAAAUAGACGAAUAGAGAUUUAAUGAAAGGAAUGACAAGAUAUGGUACAAAGUUAUUUAUGUAUAGUUCUACGUUGCUGAUAUUACAGCACCCCUUUGUUAAUAAGCAACACUGCACAAGCUAUCCAUAGGGCAGAAUGCUUGCAUAGCUAAGCCACAGUUUACAUAGCCUUUUCAACAUUUUUGUUGCUGCGGCAAUUCGCAGUGGUUGCGGGUCUGUUUCCCAUCCCUGACCCUACAUAGGAUAACUAAUAUAAAUAUUUUAUUUUUGUUAGGCUUUCAAUUUGGAAAUUAUUAGGUUUUGAUACUCUAGUUGAAAAAACUAUCAUAAACUGUGGCAGUGGAGGUACAGUGCACAUGGGGACGUUAUGUAGCAGCUUAGCAUACUAUAAGUUGAGAUUUGCUGCGUGAAAUUUUAACACUGAUGGUAACUAACUAUGUAAAUAAAACACUUUACUUCAUCUGCUAUAUGAAUAAUACUGUUAUCGAACAUGACGUUUAACGAUAAGGGUUGGGUAGUAAUGACUCAAGAGAAGAUAAUAUACAAAUGGGAAUUAGAUAAAUGAAGAAUGACGAAUAGAAUUGAGAUUAACAGAUUAACACUUUUAUCUCAUGGAAUUUUAAAUCCAUUUGAAUUUAUUUUUCAUGUCAGUUAUAAUUUACAUUAUCAGUGUAUUAUAUAAACUCAGUUAUACAAUGAGUUCCUUUUUUAUAUUAAUUAUUUUUAUUUUUAAAAAUGUGCUUUUGUAAUCUCAAACACUGUUUAUGCCAUCUGAAUGAUAACAGACACUGUUAUAUCUGCUGCCAAACUACUUCAUUCACUACAUUUUACACCAUUAGGCUAUCUCAUCAGGUACUGUUGCUUGUGCUCUCGAUCUACUGCUUUUACAACAUAUUACUGCUAUUUUCGUAGAUAAAUUAUAAGAUUGCAAUGCUUGUUGGCCAAUUUGAUUCCAUGAAAAAUGCAACACUACAAGGCAUGUACAGUGGAUCAUUUUUAAUGACAAUCUCUCGGUCUGCCAUCAACUAUAGGCAGGCACAGUGAAGCAUAAUUCAGACAGGAAAGAUGGAUUCAUUGGCCGAUGGUGAAAAAAAAAAUCAUGCAAAAAAUUAUUUUAAAAAAGUCUGCGUAAUCGGUUCCAUAUUAGGCAACUUAUUAUACAGGUUAUAUCAUUGUUUAAGUGAUUUAUAAUAAUUCUGAGCUCAUUUAUAGUUUUCUAUUAAACUUCUGUUAAACUAUAUAAAACAUUUUUCUAUUAAAGUUGUUUUACAUUUCUAAGAAUUGAUCAUUACCCAGGUUGGAACUCCAAUAAGUCAGUUGUCUUGUUAAUAAUUUAACCUAACUAUUUGGGUAUUAUGGAUAUUAAAAUAAUUACUAAUAAUGUCUUAAACAAAAAGGAAUGAGUACUAUCAAAAAUUUAUAUUACAAUACAUACAAAUUUCAUCACAAUAUAUCUUGAAAAAUAUAAAUACCUGUAAUCUCUUUUUUGUAUUCGAUUUCAAACCUAAUAGUCCCAAUAAUGGCCGUAUUCGACUGGUCGUUCUUCGUUAAACCACACCCACCUGCGCAUUGGUAAAAUCCUACAUAACGAAGACGACCAGUCGAAUAGAAAACUGGUAAAUACUCGACAAAACAAAUGGCUGCAUAGUUACCGUGAUACACACUGCGUAAUCAAGGCUGCUUUGGAUUGUAGCAGUAAAAAAAUUUUGUAAUCCAGUUUUUGAAUUCUGUUAGCCUACAAUUAUUUUUUUACUUCAAUGUGGGUAAAUAUUGUGAUUUUUAUUUUCUGAAAUUUAAUCUAAUUUAUAUUUACGCAAAUGUUGCUAAACAACAAAUCAGGUUUUUUUUUUGGUCAUGUGCAUAACUUAACGCUGAUUAACGUAUGCUGGUUAUGUUAAUUUUCGUUGUCAAUGAAGUCUAUUUUACAAACCAAUUGAAUGAAAAUAAUACUCAACGAAGUGAAACAGUUGAAUAAGCCCAUUGACUAAAUUUCUGGGUGUUGGAUUGUGGGAGCUACUGUUUCAUAAGAUGAUUGUGGUUAUUGGUAGUUAUUAUUGUUAUUUUUUUAUGUAAAUAUAUUGGCCGAUUCGCCUUCAAACAGUGGCGCUUGCAGCAAUGUUUCAAAAAUCGCUGAUGUAAAAUACUGUAACAAUGAAUUUUGACUUAAUUAAAUGAUAACAAUAGUAAACAACUACAACUUUUGGACCGGCAAGGCCUGAUCACUACUGCCCUCUUCUUACCCUCAGCACUACCUCGACCUUGUAUUAAGUUUCCGUUGGAUUAAUCUUGACCAUGAUGAACUGUAAGUUCAACUUGGUCAAAAGACACCACAGUUCGCUCUUUGAUUUUUAUAUGCAGUAGGUUUAAAGAUAGUAAGAUUUUGAGCAUGCCUGGUCAGUACGAUUGUAGAUACAAUCUUUUGAAAAGUACAGAGAUUAGGAAAAAAAGUCUGGUUAUUUUUCCUGGAUAAAGUUCACUAAGUUGAACUUGCCGCACAUUUUGGAUACUUUGACCAAGAAGAAUGUUAUGUGGUCAUUCACACUGGACUCUCUAUGUCAAAGUGACCAGGUAAUUAGUUUGACUAAAAUUAAACGCAAAAAUGGCUGUAGAUACAUUGCAAAUGCAACAUCACACAUAAUGGCACAAUGGAUACUCUACUAACAAGUUGGUAAUAAUUCACCAUUGUAUAUUUUUGAUCACUUAUCUUUAUAGUUUGUUAUUUUUAAGAAAUGAGUGAUUUCUGUAUUUAUUUUAUAUUGAUUAAUAUUGUUGAUUUAUUAAUAAAUGAUUAUUGUUGAUAGUGUUGUUAAAUGAAUAUUGUUGAUAUGAAUCAUUACCAUUUCAUAGUGCUUUGUUACCAGCAUAAUGCACUGUAUACACCUAAUAAAUUAUUACUGCUUUAUUAUUAUUAUUAUUAUAUUAUUAUUAUUAUUAUUAUUAUUUACUGUUGAUAUUAUUUUUAUUAUUUUUGUAACCAUAUUAUAGUGUUGAAUUUAACAAUAUUCUUAACAAUACAGCUGUGUUAGAUUCAGAAUAGGUUAAAGUAUAUAACUGCUGUCACAAUUUAUUUAUUUGAUCAUAAUUUUUAAGUCCUACUAAAAAAAUAUAUAUAUAAAUACAUUGCGUGAGUAGUGUAUGCGCACAUAUGCAAGCUCACCGAAAAACGACAGUUAGGCACCUACCACUUAGUUAAGUCAGAGUGGCUACAUUGUUUAUAUUUUCUUUUGUCAAUUUGUCUUUGGACAUCAUGAAUUUUUUAAUUAGUGGUCAAGUUUCACUGAAUAUCCAUUUAAUAUAGUGUACAGACUAGAUGAACACACCAUCGUGUUAGUAUUCAAUACUUGCAGUUCCUUAUAUGGUCGUCUUCAUUCUUGGAGAUGACCAAAUAAAGAUUUGAAAUAUAAAACUAUUGUCUACUUUUUGAACAACCUAAAGUUGUUAAACUGAUGUCAUUUUUCUGUGGAUACACUCUUUAAAAACAUAUUAUGGCUAAAAAAUUAAUCUGUUUUUGAUAGUCCUACCAUCAUAGAAUCAUUUAAAAGUGUUUAAAAAUCAUUAAAUACUGUAUUGAUAAUUAUAUUAUUAUAGUUUCUUGCCUGUGCUCGAUUUUUUGACAUUUAUAAAAUGUCUUUACCCCUUAUCCCACCGCAAAGUUUAAAUUCAGGUCAUCAAUAUUCAUAAGCUUAUGAAUAUGCAGGAGUGUCAAAUGAAACUCAUUCGUUGUUCAGAUAACAGUGGUUAAGAAUUGAUAACAAAGUGUCACCUAUGUUUGCACAGUGUUCUGUUUAAAAUGGGAUGAUUUUGUGGUGGACUUGCAUCAAAAUAUUGAAAGCGUAUGACACAUCAAGCCUAGAUUGUGUUACAGUGACUACUGUUAUUCGAUCACUGAUUGUACAGUAGUUUAGAUUCAUUUCAUUUCAGAAUUAUUUCUAAUAAAAUAGUCCAUGAAAAUAUA